UUUCCCAUAAUUCCCCUCGGUCAGAUCUUCAAGUUUAGCGUUGAAUGGCGCCUUUACUGGACGAGCUGCGAUAAUCUCCAAAUAUACAUUUUUAUUUCAUCAAAAACUCGCCCUGUUUUUAUCGUGUUCGAGACCUAUAUAUUCCGUUCAUAGUUUUGGGACUGUGUAAAGAGGUGUAUAAUGGCUCCAUUCAGCUUGAUGUCAGUCGGUGCUAAUGUUUUGCUAAAGUCUGUUGGUCUUUUCUCGUAUGCAUCUGUUGUGAGGUGUUCGUGUGUCGUUCCAGCAAUAAAAAGUUUUAGCACUACGACCGGAGCUGCACCCAAAAGACCCCUGACAGCUUACAUGAAAUAUGUACAAGAGACGCAGCCCACCAUCGUCAGACAACACCCAGGAGUAAAAAAUGUGGACAUUGUCCGAAAGAUAGCGCAGCAGUGGCGAGCUCUCACUCCUGAACAGAAGCAGCCGUUUCAGGAUGCGUCUUUGGCAGCUAGAGACCAAUACAAACUUGAUCUGGAGAAGUACAAAGCUCAGCUCAGUCCUGCACAAUCUGCUGCUAUUGCAGAGGAGAGAAAACAGAAGCUCGCCAAAAGAAAAGCCAUCAGGAAAAAGAAGGAGCUCAAUACUUUGGGCAAACCCAAACGACCAAGGAGUGCGUUCAACAUCUUCAUGGCGGAACACUUUGAGGAAGCACGAGGAGCUAAUACGCAGGCGAAGUUGAAAUCACUGACAGAUGACUGGCAAAGGCUCAGUGUCACACAAAAACAAAUUUACACACAGUUGGCAGAAGACGAUAAAGUUCGUUACAAAAACGAAAUCAAAUCGUGGGAGGAGCAUAUGACGGAGAUUGGAAGAGAAGAUCUCGUUCGGAGAAAAGAGAGAAGAUCUGUGAAGGCGGCAGCCGCGAAGGAAGCAAAGAAAUCCAAAGUCACAGUGUUAAAGAAAAAAGCCAUAAAAAAGAAAGCCUCUGAUUCAGAAACAGCUGUGAAAAAGACUGUGAAGAGCAGUAAGAAGUGAGAUGUUUGCUGUAUAAAGGCCAGUACCGUCCUGAAUAAAGACUCUGCUUUCUAUUACAGUGUUUAUAGUGUUCCAAGCAUGAAGGUUUUAGGAGGUCCCCAUAUUUUCAACAAAUCCUUUUUUAAGGCUUUAAUGCGUUGUAUUGUGUUCAGGAUAUUUUUGAUCCUGAAAACUGUGACUGCUCAUGCACUGUUAUUCUGAAGUCUAUUUCUCAACAUGACAUGAACUGACAUCAGUUUUGCUUUUUGCUUCAUACAUUGAGUUGUAUAUCACAACACCAUGUUUUGUAUAUCUUUACUUACAAAAUAAACCUUUACAUUUUAUAUAAAAACAA